GUUGCUUCUUAUACUGUGUUUUAUGGGCUGACUGGUCUUUUUGCUCUAACUAAGGAUGCGAAUCCGGCGGCACGCGGACCGGACCCGACAUCACAUGGGUCUGUCCCGCUCCCCAUGCGGACUGUAAAGGCUCGAUAGCUUGUCCGGAGCGACCGGGCAGUCGGUACCGACCCAGAUGCCGUUUCUAUUUCCCUACUCUCUAUUUAAAAGACAGUCGGUUUUGGUUUCGUUUAAUCCGGCGCUGUCGUUUGGUGCCGUCUCUGGCAUUAACUAGGCUACUUAUUACUUCUUCGAAAUACGAUUUAGAUCAGAAACAUGUUUAGAUCAGAAACGGUUUAGAACAGAUUCGGUUUCUGCAAGUAUCUGUGGUCCUCUGUUGUGUAUUAAUUAUGCUUAAUUGUGCAUCAUUUCUCCGCGAAGGUAUAAAGCAAGUUCAAAGAUUAGUAUCGUAACCGAUCAUACUGAAGUUUCCUUGCUGGGGAUGCUAUGCGCAUGAUAACCUGAUGGAGCCCGUAAGUCAUAUUAUGGGCUAAACGCGGUGCCCUUCAUUCACCGUGUGUGACUGUGUGUAGACCGCGCUUUGCGCUCGCAGAAACGCCCACCUGACUCACCACGGCAGACCAUCCUAAAGGUACAGGGGCGUCUGAGGGCGCGGACAUGCCGAUUAUCAAACUCCGCUCGGGGAACAUUGUACCUCUGCUCGGCAAAUCCUACCUUUGGGAAUUCCUCCCCCCCAGCGUCGGUAAACCGUUCCGAAGGGGGAGAUCCAUAUUUCUUCAUGUCGAAAGUGGCAGCUCCAGCAGGGGACCAAGGUGACGUUUUGUCAAGGGGGCCACAAUUUCUGGUGAGUUCUAGGAUUCCCAGAUAACCCCUCCUUGCUGUACCGCAACGUGUCAACAGCCACCGCUCUCUUUAGGAAUGUACCAUAUAUUAAGGCACAGUACUACAGUUGGUAUUUCUGAUAGAGAAACCUGCUUAGAUAUUACAGUUCAUGUAUGAGCUGUGUAGGUGCAUAUUAAUGCAUUUUAUGCUGAGUCUGUUUUCACCCUGAAUGUCUGACUUUCUGUAUCUGCUUUGAAUCUCUUGAGUUUUACCCUGAAAGUAUCCAUGUCCACUGUCAGGCUCCUGGGGACGCGUCCUGACUGCUGACAUUCUCCUGUCCGAAGCGGCCCACUCUGGGUGGGACCUGCCUGGGGCAGGGCGGCCUUCCUGCCCUGCACCGCCACUGCCCCGCCACCAUGUGGCGUAAUGUCUCACUGCCCAGUUUUCACUGCAAAUCGCAUUAGAUAAAUGGCUGCGGUGCUGAUGGGAGACAUGAGAUGAGUUCCAGCUGAGACACCUGAGUGCUGCAGGAUGCAUUAGCAUUUGCUAAAGAGAGCUGAAUGCAGGAACAAGCCUUUGAUUUUCCAUAUAUUAUUACAGAAAAUGAAGAUUACAGUGAAUCACUGGCCCACAGAAUGUGCCCUUGUCAUCUGAGACAUGGGGAAGUGUUGGGGGUCUAGGCUCGCUUUGAUGAAGCGAAAUGUUUCCGGUUAAUAGCUGCACUCUGGACCCGUUUUGGGUGCCGUGUUUUCCUGCAGACCUGUAAAUCCGUGGUGAAGUUUUAUAGGGAAGUUUGCAGCCUCUGUGACUGUAAAUGAGGAGAUAACAGGAGAGGAAAAGGCAGCGUGGAGAAAAACACCGACUCCACAUGGGGCUCAAAGCCUCCCCAUUGUUAAAUAAGGCUUUUGUGAUGGACACGCUGUCCCCAAUGCGAGAGAGCGUCCCACCUGAGGCCAUGUGUGCAAUGUGAGUCUGAGUAUCCUCUGUGUGAGACCGUGUGUCCUGUCUAGGUCUGAGUAUCCUCUGUGUGAGACCGUGUGUCCUGUCUAGGUCUGAGUAUCCUCUGUGUGAGACCGUGUGUCCUGUCUAGGUCUGAGUAUCCUCUGUGUGAGACCGUGUGUCCUGUCUAGGUCUGAGUAUCCUCUGUGUGAGACCGUGUGUCCUGUCUAGGUCUGAGUAUCCUCUGUGUGAGACCGUGUGUCCUGUCUAGGUCUGAGUAUCCUCUGUGUGAGACCGUGUGUCCUGUCUAGGUCUGAGUAUCCUCUGUGUGAGACCGUGUGUCCUGUCUAGGUCUGAGUAUCCUCUGUGUGAGACCGUGUGUCCUGUCUAGGUCUGAGUAUCCUCUGUGUGAGACCGUGUGUCCUGUCUAGGUCUGAGUAUCCUCUGUGUGAGACCGUGUGUCCUGUCUAGGUCUGAGUAUCCUCUGUGUGAGACCGUGUGUGCAGUGUGACACUGACCAUCCUGUAUGAGACUGAGUGUCAUUCAGCAAUGGCAUCAAUGCUGGUCUCUCCAUUUGAUUGGCUGCCCCUCAGAUAAAGUGUCUCCAUAAUCCCACAAGAACACGGCAGGAGUUUCCAGUGCAGACGAGCGGCUUGAGUGCCACCAUGCUGAUCAUGCAGUGAUGUCAUCGGCUGGAUCUCAGGCUGGAAACACUGUGAACAGAACCCUCUCAGGCUUUCGACCGCAUUCCUGAUUGUCUGUUUGCUUGGAAGGGAAAGUCCCCCAGAGAGAUAGAGAGUAAGCUGACAGCCUGCAGAUUGAGCCUUUUAAGAAAAAGGCGGAUGUGUUUUAGGAACCACGCAAUAGUAAAUGGUCUUUGAAGGAAUCUUUGAUGACAAUAGAUUGGCACUGAGCUCAAGCGAAGCUGAAAAACCUGUAUAACGUGUCAUUGCCUGGAAUGGCCCGGAAUGCUGGAGCAUAGAAGCACAGCAGCACAGUCCUCCACUGAUCUGCGGCUGCUGGGCAGGAAACGAACUCGUGUGGUUCUGUGCUGUAGAUUUUAUCAGAAAAUGUGAGCUGAUUUAGUUAGAGCUGCCUUGUCAAUGAAUAUCCCUGUGGGUGCGGCCUGACCCCUGUCCCUGUCACAGGGUGGCAGUCCCCUUGCUCCUCAGGACAAACCCCUGCCCCCCCGUCAUCCCAAAGGCUUGGCCCUCCGCAGCAGCCCCAUGGCGAGAUCUCAGCUCCCGGUAACGACAGCACCCCCUAAUGGCCAUGUUGACAUCCACACUGAAGAUGGUAUUAGCCAGCUGCCCAACGGUGUGUCGGGGGAAAUCCCGUCCACGGACGGGGACAACGGGACCCCUGAGCGGGCCCCUCAGAUCUGCCCCUGCCGGGGCCUCUGCCACGGCUUCUGCCAGGCUAUCAGGAAGCACAGGGACUAUAUCACCAUAUCACUGUCGGACCCGCAGAGUGAGCAGCUGCCCUUGGAGUGGUGGAAGACUGCCGUGGCCUUCAUCUACGCCCUCUUCAACCUGCUGCUCACCACCGUCAUGAUCACCGUGGUCCAUGAGAGGGUUCCGGCCAAGGAGACCUGCGCCCCUUUGCCUGAUAAAUUCUUUGAUUAUUUUGACCGCGUCAGUUGGGCCUUUUCUGUGACCGAGAUCAAUGGGAUGAUCCUGGUUAGCCUAUGGUUCGGGCAUUGGCUCCUUCUCAGAUACAAGGCCAUAGUGGGCAGACGGUUCUUCUUCCUCAUGGGGACCUUGUACUUGUACCGCUGCAUCACCAUGUACAUCACUACGCUGCCCGCACCCAGCAUGUUCAUGAGCUGUGCGCCCAAGCUGUACGGCGACUCUCAGGCCAAGGUGCAUCGCAUCCUGCAGCUGGUCUCGGGGGCGGGACUGUCUAUCACCGGCUCGCACAUCAUGUGCGGUGACUUCCUGUACAGUGGCCACACCGUCAUCCUGACCCUCACCUACCUGUUCAUCAAGGAGUACUCCCCGCGUUCUCUCUGCUGGGUGUGGUACCGGCGCCUCUGCCUGCUGCUGAGUGUCAGUGGUAUCCUUGGCAUCCUCCUGGGUCAUGAGCACUACAGCGUGGACGUGGUGGUGGCCUACUUCGUCACGUCGCGCCUCUUCUGGUGGUACCACGCCAUGGCCAAAGACCAGACACAGAACCUGUCAAACCGCUACCUCAGGAACACCUGGUGGGACCCCGUUUUCAGCUUCCUGGAGAAGAAUGUGGGGGCCUCGGUCCCAUGCACCUUCUGCUUGCCCAUCAGCUGGCCGCCCUCCUGCCUGAAAAACUCCUGCAAACGAUACUCCAUGGUGCAGAGCACACGCGACGAGUGACGGCCGCAGUCUGGGACCCCUGUUCUGGUGGCGCCCAGGCUCACCUGUGACUGGAUGUUACAGCACAGGCCAGCAAGCUGUCACAAAGAAGGAGAAGUUGGGCGUGAGGCGUAAUCCCAGCUGAUGCAGGAUUAAUGGGUAAUUUACCUGCACCAACUCUGUAAGGGGGUGUAAUACAUGGAAGAUCUGAAAGGGAAUCUAGUAGAGAUUGUUCCAGGUUAAAAAAGGUAUAUAUGUCCUGCACACCAUUAAUAGAGUAUAUUUAUGAAUAAAAAUAAUUCAUGCAUUGUGAGAAAUGUAAGAUCAGGACUGAAGGGAUUAAGUUGGAUGUGUCCUUGUAUUCUCAGGGCCACCCAAAAGAUAAAUAUAUCAAACUGAAAGGCAAAGCAGCUUUAAGGCAUGUCUGUGAGACUCCAUGAGACCUAAAUGCAUUAGAUACCCCGCGUCUAGACAGGCAUCCAGCAGCGACUGCGUACUGUACUGAGCUGCGCUCCCAGUUCUGCUUUAUUGUUUACAUGAAUGCUGCUGCUAAAUGUGUCCAGACCCGUCCAGAAAGCUCAGCCUCAGGCACAGACCGUACAGGCACAGACCAUACAGGCACAGCCAGCUACAGGUCACUCUGUGGCAUUGUUGUAUUUUUUCUUCAGUCGAACAAGUCAGGUUCUCUGUUUGAUGUUUUUAACACAUAGAUAUAUCUAGCAAAAUAUGUCUCAAUGUGACAUUGUACUGCAGUUCUUUCAUGUAUACAUUUUAUAUUUAAAAUUUAUUUUCCAGAAUGUGUAUUUUCUGCUUUAUAUAUUUUUAUGACUGUGCAAAUUAAAAAAAGGCAGUUAUAUGUUUAUUAAAUUGUUUUCAGUUUG